UUUCUAACACCUUUAAAAAUGUCUAAACAGAUUGUUCUAAUUACUGGCGCUAAUACGGGGAUUGGUUGGGAGACUGCCAAGGCAUUGAUUCAAUCCACAAAGUCCUACCACAUACUUUUAGGAAGCCGGUCCAUGUCCAAGGCAGCUGACGCUAUUGCCAAGCUAAUCGAACAUGUUCUGGCCACUCAAAAUACACUAGAGGGCUUACACAUCGGUAUCGCUGAUGACGAAUCUAUCCAACGAGCGGCGCACAUGAUUGCGAACAAAUGGGGUGUUGCAUUUGACGUCCUCAUUGGUACUGACGCUACCAAUGCCCGUUCGGUCUUCAAUGACACAUACAACAUCAAUGUCUCCGGGACAAACAUGGUGACUUUUGUUCUGGCAAGCCUUUUGCUACGAUCGCCGUCUCCUCGCCUGCUUUUUCUUACAUCUGGACUGUCUACAAUGGGCGGAUUUACACAGAGUCACAUACCUGUGCAAAGUGUUGAGCUCGGAUGGCCUAAAAAGGAUUUUGCAACUGCACAGGCCUAUAGGUGCAGCAAGGCGGCCAUUAACAUGCUGAUGCUUAUUUGGAAUUUUACUGUGAAGCAAGACGGGGUAAAAACAUGGGCAAUUGCCCCUGGGCUUUUGGCAACGAGCAUGGUGGGUGACCCUGAGGUUCUGAAGCAGCGUGGUGCUCAGCCGCCUUCUUUGGGAGGGGAUUUCAUCAAAACCGUUAUUGAAGGUGAGCGAGAUGCAGAUAUUGGCAAGGCAAUUGCUCGGGACGGAGUCAUCCAACCAUGGUAGCAUUCUUUUCUUGGCAAUUAGGCAUUAUACGUCAACGAUAGCUAUAUAGAAUGC